GAGAAUGAUUACCUUCAGGAGUGUCUGGAUGCCGUUCAGCAGGAGUUCAUGAUCUUCAACAGAGAAAAGUUGAAAAGGCGUCAGGAGGAGGGGCCAUCAGAAGCUGGGGGCGACGCCGCCACAGGAGACGAUGACGGGGAGGGGGAGGCUGGACCCACAGAUGAGGAAGUGCCAGAACCAGAACCGGAUCCUGACCCAGAGCCCGAGUCUUCCUCCAAACUGAGCAUGUGUGGCUCCGUGUGCUCCUCCCCCGGGAGCUGCUAGCCCCGCCCACAGAGCCAGAUCCGUUCUCCCUUUUCCAGUCCUGUUGUAGCAAGGAGCAGAGAAAACGCACAGGGGGGACCCAAAAUGGCUUCCACCAAGUUCCCGCUCUUUUCUGUUCUGUAGCAUCUGUUGGUGAAACAUGAAGCCGACGGUUCUGCUGACUGAGUCCACCUAUAAGCUCUAAGUCUCUAUGCAACACACCUUUAUAGCAUGAUGUACAGACAGGUGGGUCAGAGACAUGAUGCUCAACACGCAUGACCUCAUCCUGACCUCAUCCUGACCUCACCUGGACAAGGUGUGGGUUUAAAGGAGGAAACGUCUCUUAUUCUGGUCUAACUCCUUGUGCCAAACUGGACUGAAAGAUUCAGGCAGGAUUUGUCUUUACUCCUCCCUUCAGCCUUCGACAUGUGACAGAGUCCUGGACCAGGUCAGACAAGUUCCACUUCCUGUCCUGCACCAGGUCAGACAAGUUCCACUUCCUGUCCUGGACCAGGUCAGACAAGUUCCACUUCCUGUCCUGGACCAGGUCAGACAAGUUCCACUUCCUGUCCUGGACCAGGUCAGACCUGUUCCACUUUCUGUCCAGAUCCAGGUCAGACAAGUUCCACUUCCUGUCCUGGACCAGGUCAGACAAGUUCCACUUUCUGUCCAGAUCCAGGUCAGACAAGUUCCACUUCCUGUCCAGAUCCAGGUCAGACCUGUUCCACUUCCAGUCCAGAUCCAGGUCAGACAAGUUCCACUUCCUGUCCAGAUCCAGGUCAGACCUGUUCCACUUCCAGUCCAGAUCAGACAAGUUCCACUUCCUGUCCAGAUCAGACAAGUUCCGCUUCCUGUCCUGGACCAGAUCAGACAAGUUCCACUUCCAGUCCAGAUCCAGAUCAGACAAGUUCCACUUCCUGUCCUGGACCAGGUCAGACCUGUUCCACUUCCAGUCCAGAUCCAGGUCAGACAAGUUCCACUUCCUGUCCAGAUCCAGGUCAGACCUGUUCCACUUCCAGUCCAGAUCAGACAAGUUCCACUUCCUGUCCAGAUCAGACAAGUUCCACUUCCUGUCUUUAUCUGGGUCAAAUUUGUUACACUUCUUAUUGGAGAUCAUAUUUUAGGACAUAUCUCAGAUUAAGACAGAUUAGGACAGAGAUCAGAUUAGGACAUAUCUCUGAUUAAGACAGAUUAGGACAGAGAUCAGAUUAGGACAUAUCUCAGAUUAAGACAGAUUAGGACAGAGAUCAGAUUAGGACAGAGAUCAGAUUAGGACAGAGAUCAGAUUGGGACAGAGAUCAGAUUGGGACAGAUAAGGACAGAGGUCAGAUUAGGAAAGAUUAGGACAGAGACCAGAUUAGGACAGAGACCAGAUUAGGACAUAUUAGGUCAGAGAUUAGAUUAAGACAGAUUAGGAUAGAGAUCAGAUUAGGACAGAUUAGUACAGAGAUCAGAUUAAGACAGAUUAGGGCAGAGAUCAGAUUGGGACAGAUUAGGACAGAGAUUUUAUUGGGACAGAUUAGGACAGAGAUCAGAUUAGGUCAGAGAUCAGAUUAAGACAGAUUAGGACAGAGAUCAUAUUAAAACAGAUUAGGACAGAGAUCAGAUUAAGACAGAUUAGGACAGAGAUUGGGGCUCUAAAGUGCACCUUGUCUGACGGUGAUUCAGCUACAUUAAUUUUGGUCUCCUUUCAGUCUCAGUAAUCUGGGAUUAUGUAGCUAAAGAAUUGUAGUGUUUAGUGUUAACGAAGUUAACGAAGUGUAAAUAGUGUUUAGUUAGUGAUGGGUCAUAGUUCUUUAAGUGACCACAGUUUUAUGUGGGAUUAUUACCUGGAUGUAUAAUCUGAGAGAAGCGUUGUGUGAAACUUCUCACCUGUUGCACAAGUUGUGGACAAAAUGCCAAAGUUUUUCUAACGUUUGCAGAAUUCUUUCUUGAAAACACUGAAUGUAGGUCGUCUUUUUCUCUCUGUAACGUUUAUUCCUUCUACAAGAAGUCAAGCUGGUGUUUAUUCAGAUUAACUGGGAUUAUGUAUGAAUUAUUAAGGAUAUGCUGGACCCUUAACGUUAGAAUAAGACCUAAACCAUAAAUCUUCAGAUCCAAACCAGAAGGUUCAGCUCUCAUGUCUGUAUGUUUAUUCACACAGAAUAACACAGAUUACCASAGAUUAUACAGAUUACACAGAUUUGCUGUUUAAUGUAAGGAUCAUCCUACACAGGCAUGAGACUCUUCAUGAUUCAUCCUGAUAAGGUUUAGAUGAAGUUGAAGAACUUUUAAUCUUAAUCCAGGUGUUUUUCUGCUCAGUUUAGUUUUGUCCUGGUUCUGCAUGUUCUACACUUUAAACCUGACUGAGCCAAAGCCUGGAGCUCGAGCCUGAUUGGCUGAUUUAUGCAUGCAGAGACUCACCUGUUCAUGGACAGAACACACCUGACCCGUGAGCCGGAGACUCCGGUGAUUUACAGACAGCAUGAACGUCCGGGGGUCCCGGCUGUGAGGGGGGUCAGGGUCUGACCUCGACACAAGAAAUCAUUUGAUGCAUUAUUAAAAAACAAAACAUAA